AUUUCUUUAUAAACGGAAGGAAUGACGCCGUUAAAUAAACCGUCAUCUUCCCCAUCCCUUUCUGUAAAGUGGAAACCGUAUAAUUAAAUAUGUAAUGAACGAAGAAGAAGAGACGAGAACCUUUUCUCUCUCUACUUUCCACGUAUCUAUAUACAAUACAUAUAUUCUAUAUUACAAAUUCGUAUCUAUAUUUUAAUCUCUCUGCUAAUACAUAUUUUUAAUGUUUUAUACAUAUAUAUAAAUCACUCUCUCUGUACACUUGCACACGCCUUUUUCCUGUUCUUCUCUAGGGUUCGACAAUGGCGAAUCGAGGUUUCGCUCGAAUUCGAUCACAUCAUUAGUUUUGAAGGCAAUUAACAGUGAGUUUUCAACUCUUGAGAAAAAAAAAAUGGGGGCGGCUUGUUGUGUGGCUGCAAAGGAUAGAAGUAUAGUAAAUGGAGCACGUGGUGAAACGUUGCAUCGGCAUGUCCGGUCACCGUCUUGGAGCUUUAGAUGGGAAAAUCGCGGACGAGUAGCUGGGGAAGAGAUACCUGCAAAUUGGUCGAGUGGAGGAAACGAUCAAGUGGAAGCCAAAUCUAGUACUACUCUCGAAACUGCAUUUAAUUCCGAGGAAGGAAGUCCUUUGGAUAGUUCUCGCUCACUUUCGUGGCGAAAAUCGCCGGUUUCUGAAGGAAAUGCCGGUACAUUAUUAAGGCUUCCAGUUUCUGAUCAAACUAUCCCCCAAAAUCUGGUUGAGGUAAAGGAGUCUACAGAAUCUUCGUAUGUUUCAUACCCAUCCCCUGUAAAAUUAUCUACAUCAGCCCCUUCAGUUUCAUCUAUUCUUCCUCCAAACUCGACUCCUUCAAGAAGGCGCCACCUAUCACGUACCUCAGAGUACAAACCCCCGUCGUUCUCAAUAUAUGAAGAGACUUCUUUGUCUCUGCCCAACGAAUCAAGCAAGGGCUCAAACGGAGGGUCUUCAGACAGUUGGUCAAUCCCUAUCUUCUCUGACCUCACUCCUACUAGGAGAGAGAGGUGGUCAUUCGACACUGAAAACUUGAGUUUCGGUAGGGAAAAAAUCACUACAUCUAGUGGAAGAAGCUCGGGAUUUUCUUCUAUGGACCUCCAAACUUGUGGUGUUUGUACGAAGCCCUUGAUCGAGAGAUCUUUGUGGGGCCAAAAGAUAAUAUCCACUAAUGAACUGGCCGUGGUUUCUGUUCUAACAUGUGGACAUGUUUACCAUGCUGAAUGCUUGGAGUAUACAACUCCUGAAGUCAAUAAGUACGACCCACCUUGCCCGGUUUGUACUUACGGGGAGAAACAUGCUGCAUAUAUUUCCGAAACGGCAAUGAAAGCUGAAAUGGAUCUAAAGGCUAGAAAAAGAUCGAAAAAACGUGUGGUUGAUAGUGAUUUGCACAGUAAGAUUGCGUGUGAUCACCAUAAAUGUGUUAGGGGUGAGGAAAAGGGUCCGAAGACUAGCUCGCGCACAAGCAUGAAGAGCUCGUUAGGAAAGCCUUUUCUGAAACGACACUUUUCGUUUAGCUCGAAAGCUAGUAGAUCCUUGGGGGAGAGUCAAUCUGCUCGGAGAAAGGGCUUUUUUCUGGGCAAGAUCUAGCAUGUACUGAGCUACUUGAAAGAUUUCGAAGCUUGCUGUGUAUUUUAUAGCCUCGGCCACACACGGGUAAAUGUCGGAGUAUUGGGCGGUAAAAGUGUCAUGAAGGAACCGGGGAUAGAGGGAUUCGAUCUUCUUCAUCAAGAAAAUGCAGUCAUAGGUUUAGCUAUUGCAGGAACACUGUAAAAAAUGGUGAUAUUAAACGAAGUUUUUCAAUUCAUUAUACAGAAAGAAAGGAAAUUGAUAGGAAGUUGGAAACCAAGAUUGUAUUUUGUGAGAUUUGAAUUCGAUUGUUUAAUGCUUUUGUAGCCUCAAAACACAAGACCUCACUUCUUACAUAUAAUAGUGUCAUUAAUAUUGUUGA